AUGCAGAUGGAAUGCAAAAUGAAAAUCUAGCAACAUUUCAGUUGUUUUAUCAGAUUUCUAAUGCUAAAAUAAAAAAUAACAUCUUAUAAAUACAAUUUUCCUUCUGUUUCCUAAGACUUUGAAAAUAAUCCUUAUAUGAUUAGAAGAGAAUUAAUAAUAUAAAAUGCUAUUACUUCAUGGUAAUAUAUUUAUGCAAAUCUGCGUGAUAGAGCAUUAGAUUUUUCAAUCAUAUUUUAUGAAGCUUAAAAUACUUAAUCAUAUGGAACUUCGAUUGAUGUUAAAUAAUUCCAUAAUUAUUAAUUAAAAUUCACAUAUGGAAACAUUUAAUAAAACAAUAAGAUUAUUUAGAUGUAAAUGUUCGAGAUUUACUAUUUAUCAAUUGUAUGUAAGAUUUAAAAUAAGACAAAUGUCAUUAAAGCUGCUAAGAAUGUGAUGGCCCCCCUAAGUAUCAUUGCUUAACUUGUUCUGAAGAAUAAAAAAGAAUAUAUAUUCCAGAAUUUAAAUAAUGUGCUUGUAAAUACGGCACAAUUGAUUAUAAUAAUGGAUACAUAGAUUAUAUGGAUUAAGAUAUACAGUUAAAUCUUUAGUUUAAUGUCAAACAACCAAAAAAUUUACAUUGUAAAGUAGGUUAAUUUGAAUUUAAUUGUGAUUGUAUGAAAUGGUAAAUAUAUUCUGUAUUAUUGUUUAGCCCUUAAGGAGUCUACAAAGAUUCGCUAAUUUGUGUUGAAUGUUGUUAAAAUGUAGGUUAGCGGAGCCAAUCUCCAAAUUGUAGAGAAAUUUUAGAAUUAACUUAAAUAUCUGGUUAAUAUCUUAUUCCUGAGAUCGAUAAUUUUUAUUUUUAUGAUUCUUCUGAUCUAAUCUAUACUAAUAUCCUUAUUUCUGACAGCCUUGGCAUUAGUACAAUAAAAUUGAUAUUAUAGUUCUUUCUAAUAUUAAUUUUUAGGCUUAAAAUCAUUAUUCAAGAUGAGUUUCAUUUGUAUUAGCAUUUUAGAUACAGCUCUUAAAUUUUCCUUUCUUUUUGUAAUCAAAGAGAAUCCAGUAUGUUUGAUUAACAUUUAUGUUAUAAUUGCUAAAUUAAACAUUGUUUAAGUUGCGGUUUAACAAUAAAUGAUAAUUGCUUUGUUUAAUAUGUGAUGAUUAAAGUGCACUUGUCAAUGGUAAAUGUAAACGUAGGGAAAUUUUUACUUAUGCAUCAUGUUUACCACCAUAUUAUCCAUCAUUCUCUAGAGAGUGUAAGUUAUGCACAUUGGAAAAUUGCCUAUAUUGUUUUGAAUUCAAACGCCAUCCUUCCUAAAUCGACAUUAGCAUUGAACUUGAAGAUUUAACUGAAAGUUAUGCUGAGACACAGAUUGGUUGUAUGUAGUGUGAAAUAGAUUAUUAUUUUAAUUUCAAACUUGGAAUAUGUUUAAAAAUACUCCAUCAAUCGAGAAUUGUGUAAUAUCUGUUACUAAAUUAACAAAUGAGGACAUAUGUUUAACAUCUUCCUUAGAUAAUUUUCAGGUGUCAAGAGAGAUUAAUAGUUGAGAUUUUUUAAUAACCAAUUUUUAAAUCUGUUUUCUUGAUUACUAUAAGAAAUUAACCUGCAUAACAUGUAAAUCUGGUUAUAUAUUAUUUGGUUGAAUCUGCUAUGAAGGUUAAGAAUAAAGUGCCUCCUAUUUAAUUGAAUUCUGAAGUUUGA